CGCAUAGUAAAUUUUUACCUUGAGUCUGGAUGAGUUUUUUUAAUCUUCCUUAGGGAUUCAAAGUAAAAGAUUGUAGUUUCGUUACAUUGCAACUAACAUGUUAUGCUCCCUAUUUUUCAUUUUAAAAAAUAUUUUCACCACACAGAAGAAAAAAAUGUAUCCUUAGGAAAAAAAGGGGUUUAUAAACAUUUUUUUUCCCUCUUUCACGUCUUAAUCUAUCAUUUCAGGCACUUGGGGAGACUCCGGUGUAUCGAUUAUCAUUUACAGCGAGUUGAGGCAUAGCGUCUGACUUAAGUUGGAAUAACACACACACACACACAAACAACAACAAAAGCGGUGCUCUAACAGAAGGAUACUUCAUAGGGUUAUGGAAAACUUGUGAUGAUAGUAUAUCGUUGUUCAGUUUUAUGACUAUGGAGUGAUGUCGUGCAAAAUCAUUUUUGGUAUCUCUGUGAGAGAGAGGCUUCGUUUCAUAACACACUCCCUAUGCUAGAGCACCCUCAAAGAGGAAGUAGCGACCUAUGUGGGGGUAUCCCAGACAGGCCGUGGGGCUGUAAUUCUCUAUUUACAGGGUGUGGCUGGGAUCGAAUUCGCUAAUGAAAAACGGAGGAUAAUUUUUAUGAGCUUUGCCAUCAGGUGAUUAUAAAAGUCGACGUUGUGGAGGCCUAAAGGAUGUAUGGCGAGAGGCCUGCACGGAUGCGGAGGUGCACGAUAUUAUGGCUUCAGACUAGUACAGCUUAGGUUUGAGCGUAUAUCGAAGUACACAAGUGCGAACUUGAGUAAGACGUUGUACACCCGGCGCAAUGAUGAUGAUUCUCUUGGACACGCACUUCUAGUUUUCUACACUGUUAUGAACGCUGUGCAGCUCGUACGGGUUUCUUUUUCUUACUUUGGGCGAAAAAACCGUAGAAAAAUUAUAGUAUUUUUCUCCUCUCUUCCGUAAAUCCUUUCCGUUUUCAUCAUUUCGAACCUGCUUUCCGGGCUCUGCAGUUGAACAGGCGGGACUUCCUUUGUCUCAUCCAUGCAAUAACACCACGAAUUACAAAGAUUAGGGUGCUGCGUAGAUAUGUUGAACUGGAAUUUAGAGAUUAUUUUGAUUAU